AGCGAGGCUGGAGGCCAGGAAGGAGCCAGUGUCUGCUACCUCCCCAACACUACACUACCAAACAUGUUCACCUCUGUGUUGUUGCUGUGCCUGUUGGUGACCGCGGGUGUGGCUCUCCCAGGCGGCUACAAUGUUCCUCUCCCUUACAACUACAACUACGGGAUCAACGCAGGAUCCACCAACUUCGGUCAACAAGAGAGCGGUAACGGUGGCAACGUGAAGGGUUCAUACUUUGUCCACCUCCCAGACGGUCGCGUCCAGAAGGUUGAUUACUGGGCUGACGGUAGCGGAUACCAUGCUACCGUGACCUUCCAGGGCACCGCCAGUCAUCCCAGCUACGGCCCUUCACAUGGUUACUAGCUGCAAUCCUCAACACAACCUAUCAUAACUUACCUGCAAUGAAUUAUUAGUCAGCUAGUUCAUAGACUUUAAAUGACUAUGAUGCAAUAUGUUCCUCAGUUUUACUUCCUGAGUAAAAUAAAAUAUUGCAGAGUUUAUGUGAUGUUGAACCAAACUUUAGUGCCUUCGUGAACGAGUCUCCCAGGGUUAUGGUGAUAUAUCUGAGUGUUCAGGUCUGUGUCUCCCAGAUUUACCACAUCCAAGUUUCCUGUGUAUAUAAUAUCCUGCUUUAGUUUUUGGGCAUAAGUUAUCUAUAUCAACUAUUGAUCAAGUGUUGCUGUUUAUUUAUAAAGCAAUAGAUAUAAUAAAUACUGAAGAACA